CUUUUGUUUAAUAAACAAACUAGUGCAAAGUGGACGCUUUCACAAAAUCGCUUAAAUAAACGAUUGCGGUCAAAAUGGAAGCUUCGGCAUUUAUGCAGCAAGAGGAUGGUGUUGAAACCACAAAAAUAUGUCGAUGGUGUCUGACGGAAGGAGAUGCUUUGGAGGCUCUAACGCCCGACGGAUCCGGACAAUAUAAAGUACAAAAAAUCUUCGAUUUUACCGAUCUGCAGAUUGAAUUGUCUCCUGAAGUUCCAUCAUAUUUGUGCACGACGUGCGAAUCGCGCUUGGAAAACAUGGAUACAUUUCGUUGGCGAUGCAAUGAGAACAAUGAUAAGGUCGAUAGAUUUAUCAAACAGCAGAACACAGCGACGGACGUAUCAGAAAUCGCUCAAGACCAUCUUGACCGCUCUGCCGAACAAACAGUUGGCGCAGAAAUGGUAAUUAAAACCGAAGUUUCCUCACCGGGUGCAGCGAAGGAUUUGCAUUUGACUCAGAAGAACUGUACAGCUGGGGACGAACCCUUCGAAGCAGAAGAAAAUCCAACCAAAUUAGAGUAUGUAGAUGUCGAUGAGCUGUAUCAGCUGCAAACGAAUGCUAUAUUGGAUCAUGAACAGGACGACCUGCAAACAAAUCCUUUAGAAUUGGUCUGUCAAGAUCGAGAAGAUCACUCUAUGAAUAACAUGUGUGCAGAUGCCACAGAAUUGUUAAUCAAAACUGAAGUUACUACAUCGGAUGAAGCGACGGAUUUGCACUUGAACCAGAAGUGUUUUACUGUUCAUGAAGCGAAUGGGACAUAUGAAUGUUGUGGCAAAAUACCUGAUGAUUUAUUCGAAGCAGACGAAAAUCCAAUUGCAAUCAAAUCAGAGUACGAAGAUGGCGAUGAGCAGCAUCUCCUGCAAACAACGAAUGAUAGUCUGAAUCAUGAACAGGAUAACCUCAAGAGCCAAAGCAAAAAACGAAAGUACGACUGUUCUCAUUGUUCAUCAAGUUUCGCAAACUUAUCUAGCCUAAAGGUUCAUAUUCAUCGCACUCACACCGGCGAAAGGCCUUAUGUGUGUAAAGUCUGUGACAAAACGUUCACAUCAUCAAAAAAUCUGCUACAACAUUCGAAAAUUCACAAUAAGGACCAACAACAUCAGUGUCCUUAUUGUCCAUCAAUGUUCGCACAGUCAUAUAACCUAAAGGUACACAUCCGCGCUCAUAUGGGCGAAAGGCCUUAUGUGUGUAAAGUCUGUCACAAAGCGUUCAGAUCACCACACAGUCUGCUAGAACAUUCGAAAAUUCACAAUAAGGAGCAACAUCAUCAGUGUCCUCAUUGCUCUUCAAGGUUUCCAUGGUUAGCUAGCCUAAAGGUUCAUAUCCGCACUCACACCGGCGAAAGGCCUUAUGUGUGUAAAGUCUGUCACAAAGCGUUCAGAUCACCAAACAGUCUGGUAACACAUUCGAAAAUUCACAAUAAGGAGCAACAUCAUCAGUGUCCUCAUUGCUCUUCAAGGUUUCCAUGGUUAUCUAACCUAAAGAUUCAUAUCCGCACUCACACUGGCGAAAAGCCGUACAAGUGUAAGUUAUGUGACGAAGCGUUCCAUUCAUCAACCACACUAGCAACACAUUCGAAAAUUCACAAGAAGGAUCAACAGCAUCAGUGUCCUCAUUGUUCAUCAGUGUUCGCAAGGCCAUAUAACCUAAAGAUUCAUAUCGGUACUCACACCGGCGAAAGGCCUUAUGUGUGUAAAGUCUGUGACAAAGCGUUCAGAUCACGAGGCUAUCUGGUACAACAUUCGAAAAUGCACAAUAAGGACCAACAGCAUCAGUGUCCUCAUUGUUCAUCAAGCUUCGCUCACUUAUCUAGCCUAAAGAUUCAUAUCCGCACUCACACCGGCGAAAGGCCUUAUGCGUGUAAAGUCUGUGACAAAGCGUUCACAUCAUCAAAAAAUCUGGUACAACAUUCGAAAAUUCAUAAUAAGGACCAACAGCAUCAGUGUCCUCAUUGUUCAGCAAUGUUCGCACAGACAUCUAGCCUAAAGAUCCAUAUCCGCACUCAUACCGGCGAAAAGCCAUACCAGUGUAAAGUAUGUGACAAAGCGUUCCAUUCGUUAAGCAAUCAUGCAAAACAUUCGAAAAUUCACAAGAAGGGCGAAACUCAUUAAUUCCUACGUUGAUCAUUCAAGUUUGGGUUAGAAUAAAUUUUAAUUUUGUAUCUGUGAAUACUAAAAUAUAAGACUUCGGCGAUAGCAGUUAGCAAAAUCCGAAUCUGUAACGA